AUGGCGACAAACCACAACCACACAAAUGGUGACGUAGCGACAUCGGCCAAGCCGGUGUUUUUCUUCGAUAUUGACAACUGCUUAUACUCGAAGAGUGAAGAUCCCUUGUCCUAUGAUUCAUUGCUGGCCUGGCUUGCUGACUUUUCUGUAGGCAGGAGGGUCCAUGAUCGGAUGGCACGUCUUAUAGACCAAUUCUUCCAGACGCAUCUCAAUCUUCCGGAAGAAGAAGCCAUAAGACUUCAUCGUGAAUACUAUAAAAACUACGGCCUAGCUAUUGAGGGCCUUGUUCGUCACCAUCAGAUAGACCCACUCGAGUACAAUUCCAAGGUCGACGAUGCAUUGGUCCUCGAGGAUGUCAUUACUCCGGACCCGGAGCUGCGGAGCCUCCUCGAAGAUAUCGACAAGAGCAAGGUAACCAUGUGGCUGUUUACCAAUGCCCAUAUAAACCACGGAAAACGAGUGGUUAAACUUCUCGGCGUCGAUGAUCUUUUCGAUGGGUUGACGUACUGCGAUUAUUCCCAGCCUCGCCUCGUCUGCAAGCCCAGUCGGGAGAUGUACGAGAAGGGCAUGAGGGAAGCAGGCGUGAGCCGAGUUGAGGACUGUUAUUUUGUUGACGACUCGUACUUGAACUGUUGCAAAGCGGCGGAGUUCGGAUGGUCAGUUGUUCACUUAGUAGAGGAGGGGACCCCGAUACCAGAGAAGCCAGCGUGCAACUGUCAAAUCCAGACUCUACAAGAGUUACGCGACGUCUACCCCCAGUUUUUCAAGUCAAAGAACCCUCCGGCUUAA